AUGAAGCGCAAAAGAGCUGAGAAAGAUGCGGCUGCAUCAACACCGACAAAGAAGACCCGAGCAGAUAUACCUGGCGACGACCUCGAGGACGAAAUCGCUGUAGCAGCAACAACACCGUCGAAGCGGACGCCUAGCAAGCCGUCGCUCAUUCGCGAUUUACACCAAGCCAGGACCAAUGGCGCAACGAACGGCUUCACCAAUGGAGAUCUUACACCGAGGACACAGCGGAAAGUGCUCUUCUCAACGCCGACCAAGCAGCGGGAAGAUGAACCGGUGGAUGGCACACCGACAAACGCAAGGAAUCCGAUAAUUCGCAACGCAGACAGGUCCGCUAGACGCAAAAGCGCGGGGCGGCUGAUUGAGCGGACAAUAUCUGGCGACCAAAGCGACGAAGAUGUGGACGAGGAGGACACAUUGGCACGGCAGAUUUGGGAUGAGGACGAGGAAGAAGCAGAGGAAGAUAUUCUUGGGGAGGUGGAUGAAGAGGCAAUACCCGAGACGCCCUCAAAACGUGGCCGUGGACGUCCCAAAGGCAGGCAACGCAAGCGCUCGCCAACACCGCCUACCAAUCUCCCACCGCACGAGUUGUACUUCUACCAGAACCGACCGGGAGGUACGAAGACCUCGAACAAUACGCUUCCAUCGCACUCGCUCCUCAAUCAUGAAGAGUACUUCGUGCAGCUGCAAUCCUACAAAGACCCUCACGCCGACUGCCUCGACUUCCUUCACUCCGUCCACACACGCUCCUUCAACCAGUGGUCGUUCGAGCUGCGCAAUAACUUUAACAUCUGCCUCUACGGCUACGGCUCCAAGCGACAGCUAGUACAAGACUUUGCCUCGCACCUACACUCCACCCUAUCCGACCCACCCACCACCAUUAUCGUAAACGGCUACAUCCCCACCAUCACACCUCGCGACAUCCUCACCACGAUCGCAACCGCCCUCCUUCCCAAGAACGCCAAACUCCCCGCCCAACCCCCCGCGCUCCUUCAACUCAUCCUCUCAACUCUCACCUCCGAACCCCCCUCCCAGCCCCUCCUCCUCAUCAUCAACUCCCUCGACGCGCCCUCCCUCCGACGGCAGUCCACUCAAUCCCUCCUCGCGCAACUCGCCGCACACCCCUCCAUCUCCCUCCUUGCAACAACCGACACGCCCACCUUCCCCCUCCUCUGGGAUCUCUCCCUGCGCCAGCAGUUUAGAUUUCUGUUCCACGAUUGCACGACCUUCGUUUCCUUCUCCGGCGUCGAGAUCGACGUGGUCGAGAGCGUGAACGAGUUGCUUGGACGCAGUGGACGGCGGAUCGGGGGACGAGAUGGGGUCGGGUACGUUCUGCGGAGUCUGCCGGAGAACGCGAGGGGAGUGUUUAGGAUACUGGUGGGGGAGCAACUCGCUGCUGCGGCUGCGGAUGAGGGGCUGGGUGAUGAGGAAGGGGAAAUGAGUCCGCAGACGGAGAGGAGGGUUGGGAAGGCGGGGAAGCAGAGGGAGGCGGCGGCGGAGCAGGGCGUGGAGUAUAGGGUGCUGUAUCAUAAGGCGGUGGAGGAGUUUUUGUGCAGUAGUGAGAUGGUGUUCAGGACGCUGCUGAAAGAGUUUCAUGAUCAUCAGAUGGUGGAGUCGAGGAAGGAUGCGUUGGGCACGGAAACGCUGUGGGUGCCGUUUCGGAGGGAGGAGUUGGAGGGGUUGCUUGAGGAGUUGAUUGUAUAA